AUGUUUGUUUCUACAUCAAGACUCGCCUUUUCAGCACAAAAAAAUCAGCAAAAUGAUUUUCAGAAUCGAUUGCACAUAGUACCAUUAGUGCUGUGUAAUAACGAAGCAUCACGUGAAGCGUUUCGAUUGGCCACGUCGUCGUCAACGAAAAAAUUUGCAAAACANGACAAUGAGAAUGUGCCGGGCAAAACAGAUUCAGUGAUCGGAGAAGAUUCAGAAGCCGCGAGUGUUUACAGCGAUCGGGAGCAACGCAUUUCAUGGAGCGAUAUGCAGUUGGCUGCGUUGUGCAUUGUUGAGAUCUCUGCUAAGUCGAUGUUAUGCAUUGAUGACCUGAUCAAUUUGGAGCAUUUCAACAAAAAGUUCGAGCGUGAGUUGGCAAAGCUGCGUGAAAUGAACAUAGCGCUGAAGCCGGAAGGUGCACCACCUAUGAGGGGACGCUCUGAAUCAGUAUGGAAUAUUAAAGGAGCUGAGCGAGAACGAAGGAAGAGUGUCAUUGCGAAGCACGAAAUACUCGAUUGUUACAUUGACAAGGAGUAGACGUGCACCAUGAAUGAAUUUUUUGUCGCAGAAUCAAUGCGAAAUCGAUGGAGUCGUGAGGCACUAUCGUUCCACAGUUCAAGAAUACUUUCAACGAGAAAUCCUCUCGAUCUGAUUCUCGCCUAUCUGCCUACGCCAAAAUUCGUUGACAUUAUUGAUAUGAAAUUAGAUGAUGAUAACUACAGAAGCAGUUUAAAUGAUGGCUGGUUACAGACAACGAUAACAACACUCGACUUAAGCGAUCUUAAACUCACCAAACUGGAUGGUGUUGAGAGUCUGAAGAAUCUGGCUCAUUUAUCCGUUUCAACCAAUAAACUCACCUCACUGAAAUGUUUGACAUCGCUCAACUCAUUAACCUAUUUGAAUGCAUCCGAGAAUAUGAUAACUAAAAUCGAAUCUUUACCCGAAUCGCUGAGAAUCGUUGAUUUGCACUCAAAUUCAAUCACAAAUCUGGAUUUCUGUCUAAGCUUACAG